AUGGAUCCAUUCACAGCGCUCGGUUUAGCGGCAGCCAUUAUACAAUUUGUUGAGUUUGGAGUGAAACUGGUUUCCACCAGCCGUGAGAUAUACAUAUCCGCCGAUGGCCGCACACAGGAGCACGAGACCCUGGAUGAGAUCUGCUCACACCUCUGUUUCCUGGUGGACGACAUUGACGAUGCCGCCGAGCUCGUAGGCGAGCUGAAACAGAGAAUCGACGAAGAAGUGGCACUGCGCAAGCUUUCGGAAAGAUGCAGAAGCACAGCCUUGGAGUUACAGACCCUUUUGAAGAGCCUGUACUGUACGCCCAGCGGGCGGGUUGCCAGUUUGAAACAAGCCUUGAGGGCGGCUUGGGGCAAGCGCAAAGUCGACGAUGUAGAGGCGAGGCUCAAAGAGUAUCGGCAAGAACUCAUGGCGCAUCUUGUCGUCAUCACGAGUAAUCAGCAGUCAAGCGUGCUGCGCGAGCUUGGGACGCUGAAGGAAGCCACUCUAUCGAUGCAAUCGAAUCACUCAGGGAAGCUCGAAGAAAUAUCUGCAGCUAUCCAAAGCAUCACAUACAAGUCUUCCAUUUCGAAUGAAUCUCCCUCGGGCGCUACUGCGUUUUCUCGAGAAGACUUCCUCCAAUUGCAUGAGAAGCUCUUAGACCUAACCAACCACGCAAGAGACGUUUCCGUCCAACAGACAUUCCUUCGGGGUCUUUACUUUCGAUCGAUGCCGGCUCGUCACCGCGGCAUAGCUCAGGCACAUCAGAGGACAUUCAACUGGGUUUUCGGCCGUGCAGGUUCGCAGCGAGCGGCGGCGGCUCACGUCAGCAAUUUCAUAGAUUGGCUCGAAGUAGGCAAGGGCAUUUAUUGGAUAUCUGGCAAAGCAGGCUCCGGCAAGUCUACUCUGAUGAAGUAUCUCGGAAACCACCCUCGCACAUCAGAGCUUCUCUCAGCAUGGGCUGAGCCCCAGGAGUGCAUUGUCGCGAGCCAUUACUUCUGGAGCGCUGGUACGGAGCUGCAGAAGUCGAUCGACGGGCUGGUGAGAUCACUGCUUUACGAAAUUUUCCGUCAAAUGCCUGAUCUGAUCGACAACGUCGUGCUCGAGGAGUCUGGCCAGAGCGAGUACCGUUUUCAGUCGGGCGAGUAUGGUCGGGCCUGGUCAAUCUUUGAGUUGGAACGAAUAGUGAAUCACUUGGUCGAUUGCGACAAGUUGGCUUUGCGCUUCUGCUUCUUCGUCGACGGGCUGGAUGAGUACGAUGGGGACCAUCACAAACUGAUCAAGAUCCUCUCUCGGCUUGCGUCAUCGCCAAAUGUCAAGCUUUGUGUUUCAAGCCGGCCGUGGAACGUGUUUGAAGAAGCCUAUGGCAAGUCGAGCUUGUGGAAAUUAGCCCUCCAGGAUUUGACUCAAGACGACAUCCGGCGCUACACGGAGAGUAUGCUGAAAGAACACCCCAACUGGGGAGAAUACUCGAAAGCUGAGCAAUUCCUUGUGAAAGAGAUUACGAAAAAGGCCCAGGGAGUAUUCUUAUGGGUAUUCCUGGUUGUCCGUUCCGUCCACGAAGGUGUAACCAACGGCGAUGCUGUUUCAACCCUACAACGACGAGUAAGCCAACUUCCCCAGGAUCUCGAGACUUUUUUCAAGCACACCCUCAAGUCCGUCAACCCAUUUUAUCACGGUCAAAUGGCGCAGAUGUUCUACAUCGCGUUGCAGGCCGAAGAACCACUUAACAUUAUGCUUUAUUCACUGCUAGACUACUGCACGCAGGACGUCUCGCAGGUCUUACAGCUUUCCGUUCAACCAAUGGACAAAUACGAAGUAUUCACCAGGCGAAAUCAAAUGAUCCGCCGACUCGACGGGCGCAGCAAGGGCCUUCUGGAGAUUCAAACUGAUCAUGCGGCGAGCGAUUACUUGGGUCCGCGAGUGACCUUUCUUCACCGCACAGUCCGCGACUUUCUCCUGACAAAAGAAAUGGCCGAGUUCCUCGCUGAGCGCCUCUCAGAAUUCAAACCGAGUACGGUUAUCUUCAGGGCGUACGUUGCACUGAUCAAGUUGAUGCCCGUCCGAAAAGAACACUUCCAGCGUUCUGGGGUGCUCUCUCGUGCACUGGAAGAAGCUUUUUUCUACGCCUACCAGGCUGAGGCGGAAUCGGGCUCGUCCGAAUCCGAGUUGGUGGAUGACCUCCGCUACGUCGUGGAGGAUAUGGCUGACUCGUUCGAUGCCGAGAUUCCAUGGAGACCAGACUGCUUUGUCGACUUCGCCAUUUCGCGAGGGUUGGCUCAGUAUCUAUCGCAGCACCGGGAAUGCAACCCCGGAGCGCGAGACAUCGUCAACGGUGCUUUCCUUAGAGAGGCAAUCAUGGAAAGCCUCAAGCCCGUCAAUGAGACCAGCCCAGAUCUCACCUCAGUCGUUUCCUUGUUCCUCCGCCGAGGCUCGAACCUUCACCAGGGCGCCCGUGUGCAUGAAUUUAGAAGAGAGACAUGGAAUGAUCUAGCCAGGGCCAGUGAUUACACGUCCCGGAUGUUCCGGUCACCUCAGGUUGGCCAUCAUGGAAAUAACGAUAGCCACGUGGCUGGGGCACGUGGUGCAUACCAGUUCAGACCUAAGGACUUUCUCAGCAAUACGAAAGGCUCUAUAUGGGGUGACUGGCUGGAGAUCCUCAGUCUGUCCAUGGCAGAGUAUGGAAUGGACUACCCAUGGGCCACCAGACAAAAACGGAUUCUGGAUCACCUCAUCAGCCACGACGCCGAUGUCAAUGAAACUUCGACCACAGAAGCCAGAUGGGGCAAGUUUGUUGAUGGACUGUUACAUUUGUCUAGGCAGCCAUUGGAGAAGAGGGUAUCGGAUGUAUACGUCAGCAUGCUGAGAGAGUUAUUACGUCAUGACGCGAAUUGCAAUGCGCCAUACCAAGGAAGCACAAUAUCCAAAGUCUUCUUCGCAAAGGUCCGCGGGAUGGCUGCUCCUCUGAACAUUCCUGAGCUAGAACGGGCUGCACUGGCCGAAGGCCCGGAUGAUCGAGUUGAUACGUCUCUAGCCCACCUUGAACUACUAGCCCAGGUGGCAACGGCUCUCCUCCAGCACAAAGCUCACCCCUCAUGUAUCAUGAGCGCUGCUGAGCUUCACCAAGUCUUUCCUCGGCGGUUGGCACAGCCGAUCCAAGACUUAUGGGAGUCGAGACGUGCUGAGAUUGCAGCAGAAUCAGGGUUCAUCAGGAUGGUUCUUCGUUGGGCUUGGUCGCCUUGGUCGUAA